AUGAACCGACAAUUGCCAGAAGGAGGCCAAACUUUGGUCUACUCCACCGUCGGCGACCAUGAGAUUAAGCUUGACUAUUACCUUCCUCGUGCUAAUGGGGCUUUACCUGCGGUGAUCUACUACCAUGGCGGCGGCAUGACGGCAGGUUCACGUCGUGGGGGAGGUCUCCCUCACUGGCUAUUUGCCCACUGCCAGGAGAAAGGCUACAUCUUCAUCUCGGCAGAUUACCGUCUCUGCCACCCUACCACAGCUCUCGAUCAAAUUGAGGACGCAAGGAAUUUAUUCCAAUUUAUUACCAGCACGCAUUUCAACAACAUUCUACCAGAGUCUACCACCAUCGACUUCACCCGUAUCGCCGUCAGCGGCUUUUCAGCAGGCGCAUACUCAGCCCGCGCAGCAUGCAUCUACGCCAGCCCUAAGCCCGCCGCACUGAUCUCCGUCUACGGACUCGGUGGCAAUGUCCUUCUAGAUCACUGGACACGCGCCCGCCCACCAACAUCCAUUGCGAAGUUUGUCGACCUGAACGCUGUUCCAGAGCUUUUGGCAGACAAGACAGUUGUCAGCGACGAUGUGUCCGUGGGAGGGCCUUUAUCGCGACGCUUCGCACUCACAGUCCACUGGGAAAUUUCCGGAACGAUGCUGGAUGGUAUCUUCGGACGAGAUGGCCUUGGUAGAGAUCUGGACAAGGUGGACUAUGAGCAGCGAGCUGCGGCGUUUCCUUCGGACCUGAAAUCGGGUCUUUUGCAGUCGUUCGUGGGCGACUCUUAUCCGCCUUCUAUUUUUGUGCAUGGGACUGCGGAUGAGGUUGAAAGCAUUGACCAACAUGAGCAGUUGAAAGGUUUGGGAGUUAAGUCGGAACUCUUGCUUGUUGAGGAUGGACCGCAUGGUUUGGAAGCGUUCUCGACUGAUCCUACAUCGGUGGUCUCGAGUCGUUCGAAGGAGGCGUAUGGUAAAGCGUUGAACUUCAUUGAUGAUCUUUUCAGUGGAUUGCAGAAGUCGGCUCUGUAG